CUUUUCAAUACUAUAUGAAGAAUAUCCCUCUUUUAAUAUUCCAUACUUCGAUAGUAUUUAUAUAAAAAUUGUUAUAUAAUAAUAUCUGUCGCGUUAUUUAUUUUAUAUUGAUCAUAGACAUUACUUCAGGAGAAAAUAUAGCUAAUUGGGAAUUAUCAAUGAAGAUAUGACCUCAAGAAUCUCGUUAACAACUAUAGUUAAUGAAUUAAACACCGCAAAAAAUAGUAAACCUUGUAAUGGCGAAGGAUACGGAAUUGUUUUCAAUCUCUGCCACUACAAUGACAAACUCGUCCUAAGUGGAAUUGUGUUUAUGAUCCUUCUCGUUGCUUUAAUUAUUUCAAUAAUUAUAUAUAAACGAAAGUGUUCGAGGAAUAGUUCAGGUAAUCUUGAAAUAAAUCCUUAUUCAUCUUUCCCAAGGUAUAAACUGCAAUAGAGUAUAAAUUAUAUUAACAAAACAGGUGUACUAAUGGAUUUAGAGAGGACUAUUCCUAUAACAGAGUUAAAUUCACCAGAGACGUUUGACGGAUACCAGAAUCUGUCGUUUGAUACUAAAAAAAUCCUUGAGGAACUAAUCACCGAGAGUAAUGAUAAUUUUAAAAGUGUAGUGCUGAAAGAAAAGAACUUAUUCGUUGGUGAAAUGUUAGGAAAAGGACAAUUUGGUAUAGUUUAUCUUGGUAGAUAUGUUAAAAAUAGAAAAUCUCUAGUUAUAGCUAUAAAAACUAUGCAAGGAAAUUCAAAAGAACAGGAUGUAAGAGCAUUUUUAAAAGAAAUUUUAAGAAUGAAGAAAUUUAAUCAUCCAAAUGUAUUAUCAACUUUCGGAAUAGUUCUAAGAUCCAAUAUGCCUUUAGCUAUUAUGCCUUAUAUGAAAUUUGGUGAUCUCAAAUGCUAUAUUUCGGAUAAAUCAGUUGUCAUAACUUUAAAAGAUCUCUUACAGUUUGCUCUAAAUAUUGCUGAAGGAAUGGCCUAUUUAGCAGCAAAUAAAUUCGUUCAUAGAGAUUUAGCAACACGCAAUUGCAUGGUAGAUAAGCAUAAAAUAGUUAAAGUAGCGGAUUUCGGACUCAGCAGGGAUGUUUAUGGGGAAGAGUACUACGUAUUAGAGAAUAGAUCGCUACCUUUACCAAUCAGAUGGUUGGCUCCCGAAUCGCUUAUUCAAUCAAAAUUUAGUACAAAAAGUGACAUUUAUACUUUCGGAGUAUUAUUAUGGGAACUCUUUUCAAGGGGCAAGACUCCCUAUUAUAGUAUGGGAAAUGUUCAAGCAGCUGCACUAAUAAGAGAGGGUCAAACUUUGGAGAAACCUAAAUACUGCCCAGACGACGUAUUCCUAUUAAUGAAAAGAUGCUGGAAUCAACAAUCUAAUGAGAGACCAUCAUUUUAUGAAAUAGCCGCAAAAUUGAAAAUUCGAAUAAAUAGGGGAGAAAUUCCAAAUGUACAAAGCAAUUUAACAUUUGACAAUAUGUCUGACAAUAUGUCUGACAAUAAUAAAGAGCUUAAAUCAGCUGAAUACGUUAGUGAAAUUAUCGGUAAACACUCUAGUUAUCUGAUACCGAAACAACUGGCUAAAGAGAAGCAAUCAGAAUCUAAUAUACAUCAACAUAACGGUUCAAAUGAAGACGAAAAUAAUCAGGGAAAAUCUAGAGAAAGUAAAAUAAGUGAAAUUCUUAACGCUUGCGAAGAAAGGGAUGCUUCGGUUAGAAAGAAACCAAUAAUUCAAUCUGGUAAGAAGACUGCCCCAAAAAGGAUACUCGGUACAAUAGUUUCAAAAACAGUUGAACAAAUUGACAACGAACACGCAUUUCGAAUACCUGUGGAAGAUUGAACUCAAUAUUCAAACAGAUAUAUUUGUAUUACACCUAUUCUAUCUUGUAUAUGAACUUAUUCUUUAUAUAUGUAUAUACAGUAUAUGUAUAUUUAUAUUAUUAUUAUUAUCAUAUAUAUAAGAGAUUCACAAUGGU